AUACAGCGACAAAGGCGUGAAGCCCGAGAGGGGUCGCUUCCUUCACUUCCACUCGGUGACCUUAUGGGUUGGCAAUGCCAAGCAGGCUGCGUCCUUCUACUGCAACAAGAUGGGCUUCGAGCCUCUGGCCUACAAGGGCCUGGAGACAGGCUCCCGGGACGUGGUCAGUCACGUGGUCAAGCAUGGGAAGAUCGUGUUUGUCCUCUCCUCGGCCCUCAACCCGGGGAACAGAGAGAUGGGUGAUCACCUGGUGAAACACGGUGACAGCGUCAAGGACAUCGCCUUCGAGGUAGAAGACUGUGACUACAUCGUGCAGAAAGCCCGAGAACGGGGCGCCAAGAUCGUGCGGGAGCCGUGGGUGGAGCAGGACAAGCACGGGAAGGUCAAGUUUGCUGUGCUGCAGACGUACGGGGACACCACACACACCCUGGUGGAAAAGAUCAAUUACAGUGGCCUCUUCCUGCCAGGAUUCGAGGCACCGCUGUUCAAGGACCCCCUACUUGCCAAACUGCCCAGCUGCAACCUGCAGGUCAUCGACCACGUGGUGGGAAACCAGCCGGACCAGGAAAUGCUGUCUGCCACGGAAUGGUACCUGAAGAACCUCCAGUUCCACCGGUUCUGGUCCGUGGACGACACGCAGGUGCACACGGAGUACAGCUCGCUGCGCUCCAUCGUGGUGGCCAAUUACGAGGAGUCCAUCAAGAUGCCCAUCAACGAGCCGGCUCCGGGCAAGAAGAAGUCUCAGAUCCAGGAAUUCGUGGAUUAUAACGGGGGCGCUGGGGUCCAGCACAUCGCUCUCAAGACUGAAGACAUCAUCACGUCGAUCCGCCACCUGAGAGACAGAGGCAUGGAGUUCCUGUCUGUCCCUUCCACAUACUACAAGCAGCUGCGGGAGAGGCUCAAGUCGGCCAAGAUCCAAGUAAAGGAGAGUAUUGAUGUCCUGGAGGAGCUGAGAAUCUUGGUGGACUACGACGAGAAGGGCUACCUGCUGCAGAUCUUCACCAAGCCCGUGCAGGACCGGCCCACGCUGUUCCUGGAGGUCAUCCAGCGCAACAACCACCAGGGCUUCGGGGCUGGCAACUUCAACUCGCUGUUCAAGGCUUUCGAGGAGGAGCAGAACCUGCGCGGAAACCUCACCGACCUGGAGAUAAACGGGGUCUGACCGGGCACGUGGAUACUGCUGCAGUCCAGGCACCCCCCCCCCGAACACGCCCACCCACGAGCCCUGACCUUUAGGCCCCGCCCCACAGGCGGCUCCUCCAUACGCAGGCUCCGACCACCUUGUGGCCACACCCCCUGGACGGGAGGCACCGCCCACCAGGCUGGCUGCGGCGCAACGAGGCAGUGA